ACAAACACUAAGCCUACCAAAUGGAAAUGGAAAUGGAUAUGGAUAUGGACAUUGAGAGAAGGAGGGACACCCAUCUCAUGCCUUCUCAGGAUCUCACUGUUGAUUGGAGAGGAAGACCCUCCAACCCGGUCGCUCACGGCGGGAUGAGAGCCGCUGCUUUUGUUCUCGGGCUGCAAUCAUUCGAGAUAAUGGCGAUUGCUGCAGUUGGGAACAAUCUGAUAACAUAUGUGAUAAAUGAGAUGCACUUUUCACUGUCAAAAUCUGCAAACGUAGUGACAAACUUUGUUGGGACAGUGUUUCUUUUGGCACUUCUUGGCGGUUUCCUUUCUGAUUCCUAUCUUGGGAGUUUUUGGACAAUGCUUAUCUUUGGCUUUGUUGAACUUUCUGGGUUCAUAUUACUAUCAGUUCAGGCUCAUCUUCCCCAACUAAAGCCACCCCAAUGCAACAUGCUAAGUGAAGGAGAUCACUGCGUGGAAGCCAAGGGGAUAAAGGCAUUGAUAUUCUUUGUGGCACUUUACUUGGUGGCUCUUGGGAGUGGGUGUGUGAAGCCCAACAUGAUAGCUCAUGGGGCUGAUCAGUUCACUCCACAAGAUCCAAGCCAAUCCAAGAGGCUCUCAACAUACUUCAAUGCUGCUUAUUUUGCCUUCUCAAUUGGGGAGCUCAUUGCCCUCACUCUUGUUGUUUGGAUCCAAACCCAUUCUGGGAUGGACGUUGGAUUUGGAGUCUCAGCUGCUGUUAUGGCUAUGGGGUUGAUCAGCUUGGUUGGCGGUAUUUUUUACUACAGGAAUAAACCCCCUCAAGGAGCCAUUUUUAUCCCAAUUCUUCAAGUCUUUGUUGCCGCUGUUUUGAAGAGAAAGCAAGUUUGUCCUUCCAACCCUCAAAUGCUUCAUGGAAGCCAAACCAGUAAUCAUAAAGUUGCCUUAUCCUCUCAUUCUGCCAACCUUAUUCCCACUCAAAAGUUCAGGUUCUUGGACAAGGCUUGUAUCAAAAGCCAAGAUGGAACAACCAGGGAAAGCCCAUGGAGAUUGUGCACUCUCACUCAAGUAGAGCAAGUGAAGAUAUUGAUAUCAGUUGUCCCAAUAUUUGCUUGCACGAUUAUAUUCAACACAAUAUUGGCUCAGCUCCAAACAUUUUCUGUUCAACAAGGGAGUUUGAUGAAUACUCAGCUCACCAAAUCCUUCCACAUUCCUCCCGCUUCCCUUCAGUCCAUUCCUUACAUUAUGCUCAUUUUCAUUGUCCCUUUGUAUGAUACUUUCUUUGUCCCAUUUGCUAGAAAGUUCACUGGCCACACCUCUGGAAUCUCACCCUUAAAACGUAUUGGCUUUGGCCUCUUCCUCUCCACAUUUUCGAUGGUUUCAGCAGCUAUAAUGGAGAAAAAGAGAAGAGAUUCAGCUGUGAAUUCGAACCAGACGAUAUCGAUCUUCUGGAUCACACCACAGUUCCUUAUUUUUGGAUUGUCAGAGAUGUUCACAGCAGUUGGACUCAUUGAGUUCUUUUACAAGCAAUCAGUAAAAGGGAUGCAAGCAUUUUUAACAGCCAUAACAUAUUGCUCAUACUCAUUUGGGUUUUACUUGAGCUCAUUGCUAGUGUCCAUGGUGAAUAAGAUCACAUCAAGCUCCACCAACGGAGGCUGGCUCCAUGACAACAACCUAAACAAAGACAGGCUUGAUCUCUUCUACUGGUUGCUGGCUGCACUUAGCUUCCUCAACUUUCUUAACUAUCUCUUCUGGUCCAGUUGGUUCCAAGAUCCCCCAUCUCUCUCCCAAAAGCUACAACAAGAUAAUCUUCACCAUGGAGAAAACUCACAUUUACAACAACAAUUUUUCAAAGAACAAUGUUGAUGGUCAUUAUGUACCUGGAUUAAAUGAUUUUUCAGUCUACCUUUUAAAAAAAAAGACAAUUAGACAAUACAGCCUAGACCACUUGGGGAGUUGAUAGAAGGAAUAUAAGUAAUCUAUUUGAUAUAUAUGUAUUUAGGGUUUAGGGUUUGUGUGAUAUAUGUGUACUUCUGUAGAGAAGAAUCAAAAUAAUAUUAAAAGUAGAAGUCCCCUGUAAAUGCCUCGUUACCUAA